AUGUCCUCGCGGCGAGCGCCCCUCACCAGCAAUCCCAAUGUCGUCAACUCGCCUCUACGCGGGGCCGCCGCCCUGGCCGGCUACGCCAAGCAGAAGCGCUCGCACGCCACCAUCCAGCGGGAAGAGGCCUACGGGCAGCCUCCUCCCGUGAAGAAGCAGGCUCUCGAGAAUGGCUCCCAGCGUUCCAUCCGCUCCCCUUCCAAGGUACCCGUGUCCCGAACCCAGGUCCUCGUGCAGCGUGCCUCCGCCACUGCCACCCGCUUAACGACGGCCGCUACCAAGGAGCGUGUGUCGAGGGCGGUGGCGGCACAAUCGGCCGGGAGAGCUGGCCAGGAUGUCGACAACGAAAAGGAGGUCUGGAAGAAGCACUACAGGGCUAAGUUUCCCAAGAUGGUGUUUUACUUUGAGAGUAUCCCCGAUGACAUCCGGGCCAAGUUGACCAAAAGGGUCACCUACUUUGGCGCUCGUCAAGAGGCUUUCUUCUCCAUUGAAGUGACGCACGUCAUCACCACGCGGACGAUUCCCCCGGAGCGACCCGAGCAGCAGAAGCAGGCGCGACAGCAGCAGACGGCCGAGGAACAACCUAAGACAAUCAACCCGUCUCUGCUCGACAGGAACACGGCUGCGAGGCGGAAGCUGCUAUUCGAGUUUCGCCACGCACCCAUGCCCUCGCAGCAGCCAGACGAGGCCGCCAGGCGGAGCAGCAACAGCAGCAAACCUCGCAACAACGACGUGCUCCACAAGGCCCGCGAGAUGGGAAAGAAGAUUUGGUCUCUGGACAAGUUCCAGACCAUGCUGGCGGUUCUGUUGGAGUCUGAAGUUCACAGUGGCAGCGGCAGCUACGCCUCCCGGUCCAUAAGCAUGCGGAGCCAAUACGGCGCGUCCAAAAGCUCACACGAGCCCAACCUGCUCCAGCUCCUCCAUAAUGAACGCAUCAACGGGCCCUCGGACCGCGACCCCACCGCUGUCAGCAGGGAGCUGGUGUACUUCAAGGGGCCCUACAUCUACGUCUGGGACAUGGACGAGAAGCAAAAGCCCAUCAUGGCCCGCGAUUACCCCAAGGUAGCUAAUAAGACGGACGGCGAAUGGCCCCAGUUUCGGAGCGUGGGCAAUGGACGCUGUCCUUUUGUAGAGGAGGCUGAUCCCGCGCCUGACAAGGAUUAUCGAAAGACCCGAGAACGCGAAAAGGCACGAGCUACCGCUGUCGCGGCGGCGGCAGCGGCGAAGCGAGUAGACGAUGCCGUGCCCACCUCCAAGCCACUGGAGAACCUUUCUCUGGCGAAGUCGGUGACCGGUAAGCGAACGCUGGCUGAGAUGGAAGACGGCGAUAAGAACAGGGUGGCAGGGCGUGCGGCCACGCCGACGGCGACAGCGGACCUCGGCCCCAUCAAGGCGGCGGCCGCGUCCAAAGGCGCCGACGCACCGUCGACGCAAAAUGCCUUCAUCAGCCGCGCCGCUGGGGGUGGACGGCUGCUUGCGGGCGAACCGGUGGCAUCGGGUAUGCAGCCCUCGAACAUAACAUCGGCCAUUCGCUCGCAGAUGAUCUCGUCCACCUCAGGCAUCAACGGCGCCAAGGCUGGGACCAGCAAGGAGGUUCAUGGACUGCAGAGGAAAGUGCUGCAGAAGGCGACGACCCCGGCCUCUCAUGACCACAGCUCUCGUCGGCUCGCCGAGAUCUCGGUAGAUGUCGCGUCUAGCCGGUCGACAAACAUGGGACGACAGACGUCACGGACGGUUCACGCGCAAGACGAGGACUGCCACUCGCAGCGUACCGCGGCGGCCGCGGCGGAAGGCAAGGAGAGGAAGCUGCGCUCGCAGCAAACCCUCAAGAGCAAGAAGGACUUGAAGCCUGGCUACUGUGAAAACUGCCAAGACAAGUUUCGAGACUUUGACGAGCACAUUGCAUCUCGAAAGCACCGCAAGUUUGCUGAAAACGACGACAACUGGACCGAGCUCGAUUCGUUACUGGCUCAGCUGAGACGCACGCCGAAGCACUUUGCGGGCCCCGACUCUGAUUCCGAGGACACGUGGUAA